AUAGCUGGCAAAGGCAUCCGAUCGACCAAACUUGUUUGUCACUCCUGAUUGGUCAUUCAUACCCAUCUCGAACUCCUACUGGUCAUAUACACUGUCAGUCAUGGACGUUUUCCCGCCGCCAAGCUUGGUUGAGCAGUCAGUGCUGUAGCCAUAUAAAGGCCAUCUGAAUGAAGAUACGUUUCCGAAAUGAUGAAAUCGGCUUUGUCCAAGAAACAAGAGACAGAGAGCUUGAGAACUAUGUCAGAGAUGCCGGGUCCUAGUGCUGUGCGGUUUGCACAUGAUCUGUUUUUCAAGAAAGGACUGGCCAGGUUACAUGAGCUACAGCUGGAGGGGAAGGCAAAGUAUGGCCCUGUGUGGAAGGCACAUUUUGGGCCUAUCCUGACAGUACAUAUUGCAGAUCCAUCAUUAAUCGAACAAGUCUUGCGGCAGGAAGGGACCCUUCCAAUCCGUUCUGAUUUAUCAUCUUGGAAAGAUUACAGACAAUAUAGAGGACAUGCUUAUGGGCUCCUCACAGCGGAAGGAGAGGAGUGGCAGAGGCUCCGCAGCACGCUCAGCAAACACCUGUUGAAACCAAAGGAAGUGGAGGCAUACAGUGGUGUCCUUAAUGAAGUUGUCACUGAUCUGAUCCACAGGCUCCGGCACCAACAGACCAAGAACGACCAGGUCCUGGUGAAGGAUCUGGCAGAAGAGUUUUACAAGUUCGGAUUAGAAGGUAUCUCUUCAGUGUUGUUUGAGACACGGAUUGGCUGCCUCAAGUCUGAUGUUCCCAUGGAAACAGAAGUUUUUAUCCAGUCGAUUAACACCAUGUUUCAAAUGACACUCAUCACCAUGGCGAUGCCAAAGUUUCUACGCAAAAUCUACCCAAAACCCUGGUGCAAAUUCAUCGCCUGCUGGGAUUACAUGUUUUCUUUUGCUAAAGGACACAUAGACCGAAGGAUGGCUGAAAUUCAACAGAAAGUAGCGAAAAGGGAGCCAAUUGAGGGGAAAUACCUGACCUACUUUCUGUCCUCACAGAAUCUCCCCAUGAAAGCUAUUUAUGGCAAUGUCACAGAAUUGUUACUCGCUGGUGUAGACACGAUUUCCAGCACAAUGUCAUGGACACUAUAUGAGUUGUCCAGGCACCCAGAUGUUCAGACAGACCUACUCCAAGAAAUCAAAGAGAUAGUUGGAGAUAAGCCCAUCCCCUCAGCCAAUGAUGUGGCAAAGAUGUCCCUCAUGAAAGCUGUUGUGAAGGAAGUACUAAGGCUUUAUCCUGUAAUCCCAGGUAACGCUCGUGUGAUUCCAGAUAAAGAUAUCCAAAUUGGAGAAUAUAUCAUUCCCAAAAACACUCUGAUUACGCUGUGUCACUAUGCAACCUCACGAGAUAAGGAGGUUUUCCCCAAUCCUGACUGCUUUCAGCCCAAACGAUGGCUUCACAAGGAUCAGAGUUUUCAUCCCUAUGCAUCCAUCCCAUUUGGAUUUGGGAAGAGGAGCUGCAUUGGAAGAAGAAUUGCAGAGUUAGAGAUCUACCUAGCACUGGCUCGAAUUCUAAUCCACUUUGAGGUGAGACCAGAGUUUAAGGGUGGCAUCGUAAAACCAAUGACUCGAACUCUGCUGGUGCCAGAGCAGGAAAUCAAUCUACAAUUUAUUGACAGAUGACCGUGUCCACAGGAUGCUUUCAUAGUUAAAACUAAGAAACAAAACUUGCCAAAUCAGAUUAUAUCAUUUAGCCACAACUUUUGAUGGGGAAUCAUGAGUGGACCACUGCCAGUCCAGUGGUGUAGAAGCUAUUGCUGCUUGUUCAGUGCUGAACCCAUGAAUAUGACCAGUGCAACCCUACAGCUGAGGCCACCAGGUCUAAAUGCUCAUGGUAAUUGGAGAAAACACUGCAUGUCACAUAUACAUUAUUAUCUUACCAUGUCUUAGAAAAAUUUCAAGAUGUUUCACAAUCAACUAUGUUGAAAUCUGGGGACCAUUUCACUUGGAAGCCAUCUUUGAAAAGAGAAAACUCUCAAACUUCAAAAUAUAUGCAACAAUAUUUUUGCCUGAGCUAUGAAGGGCAGACCAGGUUGACAAGAUUUUAGUUCACCUUACACGUUAGCUUUUAUUCUUGGGUUAUAUUGGCAAGGGGAUAAACUGAUUUUU